AUGAGGCGUCUGUGGCACAUGGCCAAGUUCGCGUGGAAGGAGUACAGAGGAUUCGGACGUACAGAAUACGAUCACGUCCAGAAGCUGCGAAGGAAUGCAGAGAACUGGAUCAAGGCAUCGGAAGAAGAAGGUCAGAGUGUGGCUCGACAGCAGAAAGAAGCCUACUCAAAGAUCCUCGAGCUGUACAAGCUUGCCAUCGCUUCGCACAACCCGAGUAUGCUGUCGUCUAGCGACAUGACGAAGAUCGAAGGCCAACUGGGUGACAUGGGGCAGGCCAUGCGGGCGUUCCAAAGCGAUCCGCGCAACCAGGAGGUCAUCAAGCACUUGCAAGAGGGCAAGUCAGUGCCUGAAACCCUGCAGCUCAUCCUGACCAACGCGGCCAAGGAGAGCGGCAGUGAGCGUUCGGCGGUGUGGGAGAAGGUGCAACGAGAGCUUGCCAAGGCCAGCAGCAACAACACCAGCAAGCGCGACUCCGUUGUUCGAUCUCGCGCCAAGGAGAGCGAAGUCAAAUAA